CUGCUGGGGCUUCUGCCUGGGGAGCAGGGCUGGGCAGGCCCUGCUGUUGCGGGAGCCCACCGGGCUUCCCCUGGGUCCUUCAGCCCCUGGUUCCUGUCAUUUUUUUAUGGGAACCAAAGACGGAGAAAUACUAAUUUUCUAAAAUUUUUAGGGGCCUCGUGGGCUGCAUAGAAUGGCCUUGUGGGCUGGAUGCGGCCCAUGGGCUGUAUUUUGUCUACCCCUGCGCUAUAUGGAGGUUCAUCAUGUGCCUUGCCAUGAAGUAGUUAUUGGCUGAUAUUAAAGACAGAAUACUGGAGUAGGUGAGCUGAUCUGGUCUGGUCUGGCAAUUUCUAUGUAUCUAGUCUCAACAAAAAAAUACAUUGUGAUGAACAGCUAAUGGAACUUCAGGGUCCGGAGGCUGUUUUGAAGUGUUGGAUAAACAGAGCGGCUCAAUGUUGCUGCUAAAAAGAGCCUGAUCAGCAGAGUUCUGAACCACGUUGACCAUUUUAAUUGACAACCUUAAUGUGACGAGACUAUUCACACCUCUUUUAGUGUUAUGGUACCAGGCUCUGUAGAUCCAGGGAUGAGGCACUGCAUCACUUCACACUUGAUUCACACUCUCAAAAUUUGUAAUCUAAUUUUUUUCAGUGCACAGUUAAAUUAUGGUGGAAUAGUCUAUGCCAGGGGUGCUCACUUUCCUGCCUGUGGGCCAGAUCCAGCCUGUGAGGCCUUAUCAUCAGCCUGUGGUUCUUCCUAGGUCCGAAAAUUUGGUGAUGGGGGAGCAGUGGCAGUACUAAUUGCAGCUCUCCUGUUGCCAAAUUUCUGCACCUGUAGAGGGUCCCAGGGGCUGGAUGAUGAGGCCCAGCACACUAGAUUGUGCCAGCGUGUGUCCAGAAACAGCAUAUAGCUGGAUCCAGUGCCAGAUCUGGCCUAUGAACUGCCCUGUACCCCUCCGUCCAGGGAGCCAGAAGUUUGAGCACCAUUGUUUUAUGCCAAGGACUGGAUUUCACAAUGGUGGAGUACUGGCAGCUCUGCAUGCAAAAGAUACUAACAAACAUAUAUGCUAUGGUUUAUAUGGUUACCCUGCAAAGUUUCAUCAAAAUAAAUCAUACACAUUUCCUAUUUAGUUUAAUAGGAGAGCAAGCAUAGUACAGUUCUAGGUUGCCAGGUGCUGUUGUUCUUUCCUCUAGAUUGCCGUUUGUUUGUGCUUAUUCCUACUGAGAGGUUUUUAUGUGAUGAGCACAAAUAUGCUCACCUUAAUUUUAGAUUUGAAUGUAGUUUAAGUGCCUAAAACAUCAGCGAGGAUUUAACUUAAAAUGAUGCCUGAACUUUAUCAGAUAAUAGUAUUUGGAUUGGUUCAUUCAUGUCUAAAAUAAAUUUUGGUGUAGUUCUUUUGCUGAGCUUAGCAGUCAGAAAGUUCACAGGGAAAAUAGCAUUCUUUCCUCCCUGCAAACUCUAAAUGUGGUUUGAGUUAUUUAAAAUGCUCCCAUCCAUAUCAUUAGAUACAUGUACUCAUUUUUGUACAAAAUUCAGGUGAUUACAAAUUGUAAUAAAGGCAGCUAUGCAAGCUUUUGCAUAUUUGCCAUGACUGGUUAAAGGCAGAUGGGCCUUUUUGCAGCACUUCAAAGCACUUAAAAAUAUAGCACUACAAGCAUGGACAGAUGUGCAGUGCUCCCACCCCACAGCAGUUUUGUAGCAUUCAGUUUUAUGUCUUCCAGCCAAGAAGGCUAAAACGUUGCUUAACCCUGUGACUCUUCCAUCACCUCUCCCCAUUGCUGCUCCCAGUGGAGGUGGGGACCCUGUCAGUUAAUUCAAUCAUUAGAAUCAUAGAAAAUUAGGGUUGGAAGGGACUUCAGAAGGUCAUUCAGUCCAACCCCCUGCUCAAAGCAGGAUCAUCCUAGCCAAGGCUUUGUCUAGCUGGGUCUUGAAAACCUUUAAGGACGGAGAUUUCCCCACCUCUCUGGGUAACCUGUCCCAAUGGUUUACUACCCUUCUAAUGAGAAAAUUCUUCCUAAUGUCUAACCUAAGCUUCCCUUGCUGCAACUUGAGACAGUUGCCCCUUGUUCUAUCAUCUGCCACCACUGAGAACAGUCUUUUAUCCUUUUUUGAACCCCCUUCAGGUAGUUGAAGGUUACUAUUAAAUUCUCCCUCAGUCUCCUCUUCUGUAGGCUAAAUAACCCAAGUUCCCUCAGCCUGCCCUCAUAAAUCAUGUGCUCCAGCCCCCAAACCAUUUUUGUUGCCCUCUGCUGGACUCUCCAAUUUUUCCACAUCUUUUCUGUAGUGGGGGUCCCAAAAUUGAACAUAGUACUCCAGACGUGGGCCUUACCAGUGCUGAAUAGAGAGGAAUAAUCACUUCCCUUGAUCUAGUGGCAACACACCUACCAAUGCAGCCCAGUAUGCUGUUAGCCUUCUUGGCAACAAGGGCACACAAUGGGCCCAUUCAGUUUCUUGUCCACUGUAACCCUAAAGUAAUUUUCUGCAGAGCUGCUGCCCAGCCAGUCAGGCCCCAGCCUGUACUGGUAUAUGGCAUUGUUCUGUCCUAAGUGCAGAAUUUUUGCCCUUGUCCUUGUUGACCCUCAUGAGAUGUCUUUUGGCCCAAUCCUUCAAUUUGUGUAGAUCACUCUGAAUCCUAGCCCUACCCUCCAGCGUAUCUACUCCCCUCAGGUUGGUGUCAUCUGCAAACUUGCUGAGGGUGCAUUCUAUGCCAUCUUCCAGGUCAUUGGUGAAGACAUUGAACAAAACCAGUCCCAGGACUGACCCCUGGGGCACUCCACUUGAUGCUGGCUGCCAACUAGACAUUGAGCCAUCGAUUACUACUCUCUGAGCCUGAUGCUCCAGUCAGUUUUCUGUCUACCUUAAAGUCCAUUCAUCCAGCCCAUACUUCCUUAGCUUGCCUGCAAGAAUGGUGUGGGAAAUCGAAUUAAAAGCCUUGCUAAAAUCAAGGUAUACCGCAUCCAAUCGUCUCCCCGCAUGCACAGAGCGGUCGUCAUAUCAGAAGAAAAUCAGGUUGGUUAGGCAUGACUUGCCUGUGAUGAAUACAUGCUGAUUGUUCCUAAUCACCUUCUCCUCCCAGUGCUUAGAAAUGGAUUCCUUGAGGAUCUGCUCUAUGAUUUUUUCAGGGACUGAGGCAGUGGCGAUACCAACAGGGAGAUAUUUUCCAAAUCAGGAGCGACAUUCUUCAGCCAAGACUUUGAAAACUUUGGUUUUUAAAAGAUUCUGUCUCUUGCCACUGCCUUAAGGAGUUCUUGGUAAAUACCAGUUCUGAUGUACAUGAUCUGCCUUAGAUCUGGCUGAAACAUCUUCAACACCCUGAGAGAGGUAAAAAUCAAAGCAUGUUUCCUUUAUUGCAUUUAAAAAAAUAUGUAUUAACAUAGUGUUACAGGGCAAUGCCCCCUUCAUCCCCCCACCAUCCCUUGUAUUUUGUCUUUUUGUUUGGGAAUUUUGCCUAGGAGCUAUAUACAGUUUAUGCACUCCCAAGUCUACUUCCAAGCUGAGAACAGGAUUUUGGGGUAGGGCCUAUAGUCACAGCUAGUACCAGAGAACCAAAGGCGGCGGGAUGAAAUGAACAAGGACUUGUAGUUCUUUAACUUGGAAUUUCCUGGUCCUGUUGGGUUUAAGUCAAUCAGCUGCUUAUGGUUCCUGUAACUGUGCACAGGAAUUGUUUUUGUAUUUAUUUCUAAUGGCAUUUUGUUUUUAAUGUAGAGUUAAAGAGGGAGAAGAUAUUCAGACAGUAGGCCUUAAGGAUUAAAAGAAGCUGGCUUGGCUUUGUUUUGCAAAUCUUCACCAUGGCAGGAGGAAGAAAAAAAAGAAAAAAGAACAAGAGACUUGUCUAAUUGAGCAAAGGAAUCCCAGGGUGACCCUAUAGAGAACCUAUUGCUUUUUUCCUUUCCUUUCUUUGCCUUUGUUUUCAUUGCAGAGGCUUGGGGGCAAAGGAAAAAAAAACCAGAGUGGAGCGGGUAGGAUAUGAGGAGGAAAACUAAUAUGAUUAAGGCUGGAUUUGGACACUGAUGGCAAGUUCCUGUAAGUGCUGAGCAUUAGUAGUAACAGCUGUUGCACUUCUCAUUAGAGGAGAAGUUGAAGAACUUUUCUUAAAGGAUGUUUCUUUGGCAGGCUGAGGGGGAAACAAUCACAGUGAGCCUGAAGGAAUACAUGUCCCAAGAUGGAAGAUGGAAUGAGCGUCCAGACAGCUCUCGUUGGAUGGGCAUGCACAACCCUGUGCUUGGUUUCAUACACUGCUGCCUUCUCCCACGGUGCGAGCCUUUCUGCCUGUGCUGACAUGACGCCCAAACAUAUCAGAGCGCAGCUUCAGAACCCCAGGAAUAACUAUAUCACCAUCUACACCAACAUGUCCUCCUACUUUCCAGGUGAUAAGGUACCAGUGACAGUGAGGAGCACUCGAGAUUUCAUGGGCUUUUUGCUCCAAGCUCGCAGGGUGUCUAAUGAUCAAAUUGCUGGCACUUUUGUUGCAAUUCCUCCUGGUUCCAAACUGCUGAUGUGUUUUGAAGAUGGCGAUACUGUUACCCACUCUGACAAGUCACUGAAGAGAAACUUGUCCUUUGUGUGGAAGGCACCAGACCACCCCAUUGGAGACAUCAAAUUUUUUUUGUCCAUAGUCCAGUCAUAUUUUGUUUACUGGGCAAGGAUUGAAUCUGCUAUUAUGCGUCACCAAAUACAAAAUCAAACAACCUCUAAUAGUAGCAAGGAAGCCAGUAUUAUAACACCAACCCUGCUGCAGAAACCUACUGAUCCACAAAUAGCAGAUACAGAAGAUAAAGGUUCCUCUUCUCUCCAGGCUGUCACCAGUUUUACCCUGUAUGCAAAAUUUGUGCCUGGCAGAGUGACUGGGAUGGCAGUGACAAAAAUACUGGAAACUGUUUUUGGAGAUGAACAAGAUACAGAACUUCUUGGUAAUGACAGACAACUGUCCGAGCCUCCUAUGGAGUCAGCUGCCUUGAGUGUCAGCCACAGCCAUGGAGGAAAACAAGGCAACAGAAGCAACACUUUUGAGGUUCAGGGACUGGAACCAUCACUUGAGCUGCAAGAGCUAGACAUGGCAAAUGCCCUGAGAAGUUUAAUUUUACAGGAUUAUACCUCCAGCCACAUCACACAUGAUGGAACACAAAGCAUCUCAAGUGCUGCUACAGCACAGCCGUGUUUGACAUGUGAGGAAGAUGUACAGGAGGAUCCUGGGAACCUGGCUAUCACACAACCUGUGUUGCAUAUUACAGCUCCCCUCUCUCCUUGGAGUUGGACCACUGAGUCCGUGGCAGUCACUGGCAGCAUGUCACAACCUAAAGAUGACUUGGAUACCUCCAGCAGCUUAUCAUCAGCUUCUAGGCAGAUUGUGGAAAGAAAGUCAGUGGCGCAAGAAACUUUAGCAAACUUCUUGCCCCAUUCAGAAGAUGCAGAGUCUAGAGAGGAGGAUGACGACAUAGGGGAGAUUCCUAGAAAUCCACUUCCAUUGGUGACAAGGCCAGUACCUAAAGCUGCUGUUCCUGGAAAAGGAGAGCACCCUACCAGAGGGACACAGCUUGUAGCAGCCCAACUUGGCAUUCUUCUGGGUUGUACAGCUGCCCUUGGCAUGGCCCUUGCUGCUGGGCUGCGUUGCAUCCACUCCCAAUAUUGUCACAAGCGGACGGAAGUGUCCUUCAGUGAACCCGACAACAAUGUUAUCACGGUGAGAGAGAACGGGGAGAUGAUGCACUUCAGGAAGAUACGGGAAAACAGCUUUGUGCUGGUCCAGGCAGAGUACAAUUGGAUCAGCCCAUCCAGCAGUGGGAAAAAAUCUGUCAUCUAAGUACCUACAAAUUAGGAGAGUUAAAACAGUGCUGUAUAGAUUAGAUAGGGUGGAUGGUAAAAAUUUAAUCAGAAUGCCUACCAUGAUUGCAGGAAGCUGUAGAGUAGCUCCUAAUAUAUAACUAUCCAGGUUAAUAGACUGAGAAAUGAAAAAAUAUGCAUGUUCUGAUCACAAUGCACAUGUAUCUAACUCAAUUACAGAUGUUAUGAAAAAUAGAUAUUCUAAGUUACAGAUGCUAAGAAAAUAUAAGUAGACAUAUUGUUUAAUGUGCUACACUUAACAUAAUUAAUAUUGCAUACCUGCUUAUUAACUGUGCUAUUGUAGCCAUUAUGUUUCCUUUGUUGCCUUAAGGUAUGAUCAGAAAUAGAAAUUCUUCCUCUGCA